AUGAUUACAGAGAUAGAAGAAUUGGCGAUGAAGAUCGGCCUAACGGAAGCAAGGAUACAGGUGUGGUUCCAGAACCGGCGCGCCAAGUGGAGGAAGCAGGAGAAGGUGGGGCCCUCGACGCAUCCCUACGGCGCCUUCCCGCCCUCGGCGCCCCUGCCCCUGCAGUCGCCCGCGCUGCCGCCCACCAUCUCCAGCCCCUUCGCCGGCCUCGGCUACAUCCGCAAGCCGCCGUCCUUCGACUCGCCGGCCAUCCUGCCGCCGUCGGCGUCGCGGCUGCCGGCGUCGUACCUGCAGGCGGCGGCGGCGCAGCUGCUGCCGGGCGCCGGCUACCUGGCGGGCAUGUCGGGGCUGCGCGAGCUGCAGCAGUACCGCGCCGGCCUCGUGGCGCCGCCGCACUACCCGCCCUCCUUCACGCACCUGCUGGCCGGCCUCUCCUCCAGGCCCAAGCUGCCCGAGGCCGGCGACUACGCCGCCCUGCUGGCCUCCGUGCCCUCCCUGCAGCCGCCGCCCGUGGCACCCGCGCCGCCCGUCACGCCGCCCGAGCCGCCGCACAGGAUGGGCGGCAGCGGCAGCUCCUCGGGCGCGCCCAGGUCGAGGGCCUCGCCGCCGCCGCCCGCCCCGCCGCCGUCGGGCGCGGUGGAGCAGGACCGCCGGGCGUCGUCCAUUGCCGAGCUGCGCCUGCGCGCGCGCGAGCACGAACUGCGCCUGGAGAUGCUCAGGAAGCACGGCGACGUGGUCACGUGAUGGGCGGGCGCGGCAGAAAGGAAUGAAAGCGAGAAACAAGAAACGACCCGAUUUCCACUUGGUGUUCAAAACCGAAGCCGCGAAGCCUCUUUGAACAUCACAGUGCAUCACUUGCAGCCGGCUCUUGUCGCCGCCGCUGACGAAGGAGACAAACCCAUAGACAAUAGUAAUUAAUAAACCUAAUAAAAAGCCCCCCCCCCCCAUCCCGGCCAAACUGAGAGGCCGAGAACAUUCGCCAGCAACUCUCCCUUCAGUGACUGCAUUGGUAGCUCGACUUUCCUCACACUUUAAUCGUUGAUCAGCGCUAUAGAAAUCACACGUUAUUAUUAUGCUUAAGAGUGAGUCCGCAUCGCAAUAUCUAAAUGACCUUUUUCUGUUCCCAUUUCUGUAACGACAAUUCCUGAUUUCCGUCAACCCUCUGUCAUUUUAGUUAUAUCUAAUUAAGAACGUAAGCCAUGCUAACAUUACUAACUUAGUGUAUGUACGCAGUAAGUACCUCAAAACUUAGAGAAUAAGACUUGUUACUAAAUCUGUAACGAUGGAAGUGAUUCGGAGUGUAACCGCCCUAUCGCGACGCAGAGUUGGCUCGGGUGGCGGCAUCUGGCAAGUAGUUUGUGUGUAGAUAUUUGUGUUUUUUUUUCAAUACAGUUUGACAAUAUGA